AUGAUCAGGGGUGAAAGUGAUGCACCUGGUGGUUCAGUUGCAGGUUCCCUCCUGACACAUGCAGGUAAUGUUGCGGAUUUCAUUGGGAAAGAAAUCAGGAUACCACCAAUUUUGCUUGGACAUUCAUUUGGAGGGCUUAUUGUUCAAUAUUAUGUUGCGAACAUUAGGAAUGAGCAAUUAUCAGAAACUGAAAGCUUUCACCCUGAUCUUGCUGGAGCAGUGCUCGUUUGCUCUGUUCCUCCUUCUGGUAAUAGUGGGUUAGUGUGGCGAUAUAUAUUCUCCAAACCUAUUGCUGCUUUUAAGGUGACACGCAGUUUGGCAGCCAAAGCUUUCCAGACUUCUCUGCCUCUUUGUAAAGAAACAUUUUUCUCUGCAGCAAUGGAGAACCACUUGGUCCUACGUUACCAAAAGCUGAUGACAGAAAGUUCAAGGAUGCCAUUAUUCGAUCUAAGGAAGCUUAAUGCAUCACUGCCUGUUCCUUCAGUGCCCAAGUCGUCUGUUAAAGUUCUUGUUUUGGGUGCAAAUGAUGACUUCAUAGUGGAUGCCAAAGGACUCAGUGAAACGGGCCAGUUUUAUGGUGUGCCACCUGUCUGCCUCGAAGGAGUUGCCCAUGACAUGAUGUUGGAUUGUUCAUGGGAAAAAGGUGCACAAUGUCUGUUUGGAGUAAAGGCCACAGUUGUUCGCCUAUAUAAAGCCCUCACCGACUUCACUACUCAACCAAAGGUGUCUUCUUCUUCAGCAUUUCCAGAUCUUGGCGAGCUGUGUGGUGGGGCUGGUGGGUCAAGGAUGUAUUGAUUUCUCGAUUUUCUUGGGGUGGGUUAUAGCAGCGGUUUGGAAGAGGGCAGGUGGGUUUUCUUGAUUUUUCAAUUUCGCUUAGAGGCAGUGGGGUUGGGUGUUUUUAUCAUUAUGGUUGAGGGAGGAGGGAUGUUUCACCAACUCUCUUGCUGGGAAAUCACCAUCGGUGUGGCGGUGGUGGGUGGGAAGUGAUCGUGGUUAAUAUAUGUUCAAAGCUUGGAACCAACUUUAUUUUUUGCCCUUUGUUAAGACUUUUUUGUGUUUUAGUUUUCUUUUUCCAAUUUUUGUAUUUUUUAUGCUCAUGUUGGGUUAAUAUGGA